AGAAACACCACUUCUGCAACUUGCUUGGUCAAUUUGAAUUAUCUGUGAGAUGGAUGAUUACUUCUUACCUCAUUGGGAAUAAAAAUGCUAUUCAUUCGACUUCAAGGUCAAGAAUACAGUCCUUUUCUGACACCACACUGCCGAAACGAUGCCUGGCGUUCCAUCGAAUAAGGCGUGUGAGCGAUGUAAAAAGCGUCAUCUCAAGUGCGACGAGACACGCCCAAGUUGUCAGCGUUGCACCAAUGCCGGGGUUAAAUGCCCGGGAUACGUUCAGACCCGGAAGUUUAUCGAUCAAGGCGCCUCAGUCCGGCGUCGAUAUGCUCCAUAUAGGGAGAGCGAUUCCAGGAGAGAUACUUCAGAUAGCCCAGGGAAGACCACUACCGAAAGUCCGUCCGGUAUAGGUAUAGAUGGAAACACAACCGGGGAUAUAACCAAUCAAGGUGACUUUGCAUCACAGCAUGCUCCAUCCUCUGCAGCAGACCAACUUCUGGAGGCCAGCCAAGCCUUCUUUGGAUCAUCAAUAGACGAGUCGAGGCAAACCAAUCGACAAGCACAUACUCGAAAUCAUUCUGGCAGAAACUCGCCCUAUCCGCCUGCUGCAUUGCUCCAAAGCGACAGUAUUGCGACACUUGAACAGCCAUGGAGUGCUCUGAACAGGGGUAAUACCCACCUCCCAAUUACUCCAAUUAAUACAUUAGGUGAUGCGUCCCAGCCCCACGGCAACACGCCUCUCCAUUUUCAACCCGACAACGCACCGACUCCUGCCAGAAUACCAUCCCUAGAUAGCCAAUUACUGCGAAGUGAGAAGGAGGACUUCCACGAUGUUGUGUCGGAGCUGAUGACCGACACCGAGCACGAGAUAUCUUUUCUCAUACGUCAUUUCACUCAAGUCAUAGCACCAUGGCUUGAUCUUUCUGAUUCGAGAAGAUUCUUCACAACCUACGUUCCUGUACGUGCUAUUGAUGAUGAUUUUCUGAGAUAUUCGAUCGCAGCCCUGGCAGCGAAACAUCUGGGUCGAAUGAAAGGAGCCAUAUGUACGGCAAGCAUUGGGAUGUUCACAGCUCCGGCAACCAUGGAGAUCUACCUGAACGCGCCGGAUGUGGACUGGUUCUUGAAAUCUGCAAACUAUUAUUAUCUUGCUAUCACACGCAUGAACCAGAGCAUGUCAGAGUCCUAUACGCCGUCCAGCUCUACCGUUUUGGAAUAUCCCGUGGGUACAAUCAACAAAUGGCUACGUCAGCAAGUACAGAACAGUGCGCCAUCUGCGACAGACGACUCAGUCUGUAAAAAGGCAGACUCUCUACUAACUGCAGCAACCGUCCUUACUAUGUAUAGACUCAUUAGUGAGCCUGGUGAGAAAUGGCAGUCCUAUCUCACCGGCAUCAAGCCACUUUUCGAAUCACUACUACAACUACACGGCAGUACCCCAGAGAACCCCGUCAAAUUCUCCCAAGAAAUAAACGCAUCAUUUUGGAACUUCGCCCGUCAGGACUAUCUAGCAUCAUACUUCAGCCGCUUACCCACCUACCUGGACCCCACCAACCUCCCCCUCUGGCGCGCAGCCGGCGUCCCCAUCAACGAACAAGGCCAAAUCACUUCCCCCAGCGCCGCCUUUCCCUCCGACGAAGACUUCGCCUCCAACAGCCUAACCUAUCUCCUCACCAAAAUAACCAACUUCCUCGCCCACUUCAAGACCUCCCAACUCGACCAAAUAGCUCCACCCCAAUCACUAAACACCACCCCCAUCAACCCCCCAACCACCACCUCCUGGCUCACCCUCUCCGUCGAACUCCAAUCCUGGAUCGACCGCAUGCCCGAAACCUUCCGCCCCUGUCUCCGCCUCAGCAACCCCCGUGACACAUCCAAACUCCCCGACGUCUCAUACAUGCCGUUUCCCGAAAUCUUCUACAGUCUCCCUUCCUGUGCCGCCGCAAUGCAACAAUACCAUUUCGCUCGUUUGGCACUCUGUCUGAACCGUCCUGCUGACGCCAUCACAAACCCCACCACCGCGUUUGACAGACUCCAGGGCUACAGAGAAGUUACGAAGGAAGUGGAUCACCGCUGUAGAGAGAUUAUCGGGAUCGCAUUGGCUCGACCGCAGAGUUGUGCGCGUAUCUAUAUGACUGCGUUUUUGUACGGUACGGGUCAAUGUUUAGAGAAACUGGCCGAGCGUCAGAUUCUGCUGGAUCUGUUAUCUGGUAUUGGAGCGGAUUUGGGAUGGGAGACCGAGUCGGAGAUUCAGAAGUUGAAGGCUUUGUGGGGGGAUCAGCGCUAGUUAGAAUUU